AUGCUCUGUUUGUGUUUGCAGAACAAUGAAAAGUGCACAGACCUUGAGAAGGAGAGCUGCUCAGCUCUGGACAUUGACCAGUGUUUGGCGGAGAUGGGUCAGAUGGCUGAGGGGAGCACUGGCACUGGGACCAAAGGACUUGAAGAGAGCGUGGGGGGGGCACCAGGGGGCGACAAAGCGCUGCCAGAGCUCGAUGUGUGGCCUGAGAGCGGUGUAGCCUGCCCCCUGUGCAAGCGGCUGUUCUUCAGCCUGGAGCAACAGCGGGAGCACGAGUAUCACCACACUCUAUCCCUCAUGGCUCUGUGUAUGGAGCUCCCCCUGCCAUUACAACCCACAGUACCCACUCAACCCCUGACCCAGCCACUCACCCAACCACAGACCCAGCCUUCAAGCCUCUACCGACCAGCCCUGACCGACGCUGCACCAACUCGCUACUUCUGCAACGAGUGUCCCGCCAGCUUCACCCUCAAAUCCAACGCGGACCGCCACAAGAAGACCAUCCACAUGAAGAAGAAACUGAUGCAGUGUGUGUAUUGUCUGAAGCACUUUCGGGACCGCACAGACCUGCACCGACACCUGUCCUCGGUCCACUCCAGAGAGCGAGAGUUCACCUGCCGUAGCUGCCACAAGGCCUUCAGCACUCAGAAGAACCUGGCCACGCACAUCAAAGUCUGCGGUCAAACUGGAGCUCUACCCGGGCCCGACAGCACUUUGAACGACUUCACCGUGAUCCGUAAAAAGUUCAAGUGUCCGUACUGCAGCUUCUCGGCGAUGCACCAGUGCAUUCUAAAGAGGCACAUGCGCUCGCACACCGGAGAGCGGCCUUACCCCUGCGAGAUCUGCGGCAAGAAGUUCACCAGAAGGGAGCACAUGAAGAGACACACGCUGGUCCACAGCAAAGACAAGAAGUACGUGUGCAAAGUGUGCAGCCGAGUCUUCAUGUCGGCCGCCAGCGUGGGCAUCAAACAUGGCUCCCGUCGCCAUGGCGUCUGUGCCGACUGCUCCGGACGGGGCAUGGCGGCUCUCCUGGACCACAACGGCGAAGUGGGCGGGGACAUCUCACCGGAGGAGGAGCUAUACGCCGGCGACCGCUUCCAGGACGACCAGGCGGAGUGCGACGGCGACGCUGAGGAGGAGAUGAUGGCGGACGGAGAGAUGAUCGGCGAGGCGGAGGAGGAGAAAUGGAAAGACUCAGGGAUGGAGGACAAGACGCAACGAGACACUGAGAAAGAGGAGAGCGACUCCUCGGAGAAUCAGCACAACGGGACAGACAGGGACUUCACUUGGAUCUCCUAG